CUCAACUCCGAAGAAAAGACAAUACCUCGAAACUCUCUACAACUCAUUCUUGAUUCUGCUUCAGUACAAUAUUUCAUAAAGGACUCUCCAGCGUUGAAAUUGCUAGAAUUCAGAGAAAACCCACAUGACUUUGAGCUCGAUUUCAACUCCUCAUACCACUGAAUGGAAGUUCUCUCAGGUCUUUGGGGAACCAGCUCCGGGUGAAGAUGUCCAGCAAACUGAUAUCAUUUCUGCAAUUGAGUUCGAAAAAGGUGGUGAUUAUGUUGCUAUUGGAGAUCAUGGUGGGCGUGUUGUAAUUUUUGAAAAGAGGACCCCUAAAGAUGAUUCACUUGAGUACAUUACUCGAAAUGAGCUAGAGCAAAAUGAUUUCAUGAUAAGGCACCCUCCCAACUAUCAAUACAAGACUGAGUUCCAGAGUCAUGAACCAGAGUUUGAUUACCUGAAGAGCUUGGAAAUUGAAGAGAAGAUAAAAAAAGUGAGAUGGUGUAUGUCUCCUAACGGAUCACUAUUCAUUCUUUCAACAAAUGAUAGGACUGUAAAGCUAUGGAAGGUCAAGGAAAGUAAAGUCAAGAAAGUUAAAGAAAUGGAUCUUGAUCCUUUUGUUGCUUCAGAAAAUUCCCUUUUGGCUGAGAAGAGUUUUUCUAGCAUUCCAGAAACAACACCCCUUUCUAAUGGUGUAGAAUGGGCAGACAAAACUUUCAAUGGCGCAUAUUCUAGUGUCAGCCAUACCAAGGUGCCAAAAUUUGAAGAUAGUCCACCAGCAAGAUGUAGAAAGGCAUAUGCUCAUGCUCAUGAUUUCAAUAUCAACUCUAUCUCAAACAAUAGUGAUGGUGAGACAUUUCUAUCUGCAGAUGACUUCAGGGUAAACCUGUGGAACCUUGAGAUCAGUGAUCAGUGUUUCAAUAUUAUUGACAUGAAGCCACCUAAUAUGGAGGAUCUUACAGGACUUCAAUACCAUCUAGCUACUUUCCUACUUACAUCAUUGUCCAAUGGAAAACAAAAGCAUGAUGGAUUUUCUGACCUUUGUCUAGAGGUAAUUACAUCAGCAGAAUUCCAUCCAUUUCACUGUAAUCUGCUCGCUUACAGUAGUUCAAGGGGAUAUAUCCGGCUAGUAGACAUGAGAAAGUCAGCGAUAUGUGAUCAAAGUUCAAGGAUAUUGCAUGAUGGAGCAUCCAAUGGGUCCAAAUCAUUUUUUACAGAGAUCGUUGCAUCAAUAUCAGAUUUGAAGUUUGCAUCUAAUGGAAGACACAUCUUAAGUCGUGAUUACAUGAGCCUAAAGCUGUGGGAUAUACAUAUGGAGAAUUCUCCAGUUGCAACAUACAAGAUUCAUGAGCAUCUUCGGCCCAAGCUGUCUGAUCUGUAUAACAACGACGCCAUAUUUGAUAAAUUUGCUUGCUGUCUCAGAGGAGAUGGACUUCAGUUUGCAACUGGAUCAUAUAGCAACCAAGUGCAUAUUUUUUCUCACGGAGGAGGUGUAGAAGAUAUCACAUUUGAAGCUAGCAAAAAUCCAAAUAGGAAGCCACUCAUGCACGCUAAUACGAGAGCUCGUAGAAGAUCUCUGAGUAAUCUGACUCGUGCAUUUUCCCGACAUGGGCAAGAAAAUCUAAAUUCAGAAAAUAACGAGUACUAUUGUAACUUGAACGCUAAGUUGCUGCAUCUGGCUUGGCAUCCCAACAAAGAUUUGAUUGCUUGUGCUGCUGGGAGCAGUUUGUUUAUGCAUUAUUUGUGGUAAUAAUUUGAAGGGUGUCAACUGAUCUGCAGCAACUGGCAAGGUCCUGUGCAUACUUAAUUUUCCAUUCUGCCCAUUUUUUGUGCCCGCAAAAGUGCAUUGCCUGUCUUUUUCUAAUCAUCCUCUAUUUCCCUGUACGUGGUCUUUUGAACAAGAGAAAAUGGCAAGCAAACAACCAUAUCGAUCUUGCACAAAUAGCAUAGAAAUUGAUGCAGUCAGUUUUCAGAAACAGCUGAAGAUAGAAUGUAGGCGGUGGAUGAGAUGAAUUGAAUGUUCCAGCUUACUUAAAGUUCCAAAAAAAAUUUGUUGUAAGAUGUACAACCAAACCAGUUUAACUUAGUGCACGAUAUGAUAAACACUCAGUAAAGCAUUUCAAAGAAUGUCAA